UAUGUUAUGAUAAUAGGAAUAUUGUGAUUAUAAACAUAUGUUAAUAUGUUUAUGAUUAUAUUCUAUAAGUAAAUACGAUUAUAAAUGUCAAAUCCAAUAUUAACAGUAAUUUUAAAGAAAUUUUUUAUUAUUUAUUUAUUUUUGCUAAUUCAUUUAAUUUAAAUUUGAAAAAAUCAAAAAUGAGUGAAGAAAUGACAAAUCAAAAUCUUUCUUUACAAAAAGUUUUAUUACCUGGUCAUGAUCCUGGAUGGAAUGAUCCUCCGAAAUGGGCAUAUUCCGUGGCACAAAGUUCUAUAACUCCUACUAAACGAAUGUUAAAUAAAAGAGUUGCAUUUCCUAUGACAUCUAUACAAGCUAAAGAUAAAGAAUCUUCUUUAAAUAAACCAUUAAAUAUGCCUCCACCAAUACAAUCUGCAAUUAAUUUAACAACAGCAUCACAUCCUCCAUUGUUAUGUCCUUCAAAUAAAAAUAAUUUGAAAGGAAAAAUGAAUGAAAUAAAUAUUAAUAAAGAGGAGACAUUAAAUAACGUCUUGACAAAUUUAGAAGCUGUAAUUAAUGAACAUAUAUCUGAAAAAAAUAGUGCUGAAGAAGUAAAAAAGAAAUUAGAUAUAUUAAAAACUGCAUGGCUUGAAGAUAAAUUAAACAAUGUGAUAUAUAAGAAUAUUUUAGAUUUAUCUACAGCUUUACGAGAAGGAAAUAUUGAAAAAGCUGAUGAAAUACAUAUUGCAUUAAUGAUGUAUCAUGCUAAUCUAUGUAAUACAUGGAUACCUGGAAUUAGACAUAUUAUUUUAGGAUUAAAAACCAAAAUGAAAAACUCAAAUAUUACAUAUUCUCAAAGUUCAGAAUCAAAUUUAUUAUUAACUGAAAGAAACGAAUAAGUAGAACUUUUUCAGAAAUAAUAUUUUUAUGUAUA